GGGUAACAAGAAAUGCAAAGGUCAGAAGGGUGGACUCAUAGUGCCUCAAAGAGGGCACUCGCUUCUACCAAUCGAGUCAAGCGGACUUUUUUUGCUCUCCGACGGAGUGAAUGUCCACUCAACACCGCUUAUGCGCCUAUAUCCACCCAUUAGAGGAUCGCUUCCGCCGUCGCACAUUGUCAUAAACCCCUCCUCGAAUCUCUAUGCACCACACCUCGAACAGGUCGACCGUACGACCGCCGCCCGAGACACCCCGCAUCGAGAAUAACUUCGAACGCGAUAACCCUCUUCCAUAAUGACGACUGUAUUCAUUCCACAGACAGGCUCGCCUCUGCUCAGCCUUCCAGGAGAGAUUCGGAACAAGAUUAUUCGAAAUGCUUUCAACUAUGAGGAUCCAGUUCUACUAGUGCCUCAUAUCGGUUCAAUAAUGUACCUGUCGUCGCCAGCGAUGGUUUGUGCGACGCAGGACAUCCAGGUAUUUACUACCUGCCGCCAGCUCCAUGGCGAAUGCAAGAGUAUCUUUCUCACGAACAACGCAUUUUUACUCUCUACGCAGCCCAACACUUUCAGGGACGCUUCAAUCAUGGGGCUUUUAAGCCGAUGGAUGUUUGAUCUCGGUCCGUAUCGCGAUUACAUACGCAAAGUGAUCAUCGAUCUGAGCCCACUUUGUCCUGGACCGUGUCAUCUUUUCAGGCAAUGGAUCGACUUGAAACCAAUCAUUAUGGAGAUUUGGCGGUACCAAGGCAUACUUACAGCCAACGGCAGCCGACAGCGCGCAAACAUUGAUAUAUCCUUUGCGUUCUCAGGACGGCCGCUUCGUGGACACCUACAUCAUCCACCACAAAAUACGAUUAGUGACUCUAAUCUGAACGCGAUGAUCACGCUGCUGACUCCCCAGCGGAUCCCAGAGAUGAGUGCUUACCUCCAAUCACCACAUGUGCUUCGAGGGGUCCGGACCGACGUCAAGAGCCCGCAAGCUCUGUUCAUCUUGGGUACACCUAGUCAUUGUGAUAGCACUGAAAUGCCAGCUGUUAGUUACGAGUUGAAUGUCAACGGUCAACUUGAACGGAAGCAUUACUGUGUUAACAAAGGGUCUGGUAUCGCCCGCCUCCUUUUUGUGGCAUCGAUCCGCGAAAAGCUUCUUUCUUUGCUCAUGGGUUCAAACGUUGCUCGGUUCAUAUAUAACAUUGAGAACCAAACAAUGUCACCUCGUUUACCCGAACCCUUCUCGAUAAAUCGCCGUUUUCGAGAACUGGCGCUCCGAAAGUUCUCAAGGGUCCAUGCUGUUGGAAGAAUCGUAUCGUACAAUGCGCAGGCUACCUUCGAUGACCUAAGGCUGAUGUAUGGGUGCAUGGCUAGUCGACUGUUCAUCCGUAGCGAACGCGCAGCUCGACAUGAGAAGUACCCUCCAACUAUCCUGAUGCGUUUUGAGCUAUCGGAGCGAGACAAUCUUUCGAACCUUCGGAUUCCGAUAACAAACAUCGUCAUGGCAACGACCAAGCUUCCAUUCAACACAGAGAUACGGGUCGAGUUAUUUCAUAUCGACUUGCCCGUUAGCGUUAAAGUUGCGGCCAAAACAGUAACCCUUCACAGGCUUCAACAACAGUUCCUUGUCUUUCUUACUGAUAUCUUGGACUUCUACCCAGACCAGAGUACUCAAGUCUGUCCACGCGUCACAAUGGAUGGUAACUUUGCAAUCAAGGAAGCAGAGUGUGAGCGAGAGGACGGAAGCGAUUUUCUUGUCAAGAAUAAGAGUACCGCUCUUGACUCUGACGAGAUGGAAGAGGAAAUUGAUUUGUGCAUGAACAAACUGCUGGAAAGAGAUGAUCCCGUUACGGCCGCAUACCUCCCCCAUCGCGAAGUCAACGAUGAUGGAAAUCAUACUACGUACAUCUUGGACUCGCCGCAUGAUCACUCGUUGCUAGGGGUGGCUGUGUGGCUGGCUUGCUGCUUGUAGGAAGCUGGUACAGUUGGCCACUGGUAAAAGAGAUGAGGAUGUUAGUUCAUGAUGGGUAUCUCUUGAGAUUAACGUGAGGUUUGAGCAAACGUUGGCCCAUUGUUUGAACGUU